GGGCGGAGGGUGGCGUGUGCAAAGAUCCUAGAAAAAUGGCGUCGACGGUCACACACGUCAUACUACGCGUUUUUCGAAGAGUGGUCUAUCUUGCUCCUCUAGGAUCUUUGGUCGUGUGUGUGCGCGAGGGUCCGCGCGUGUGUGGGACUGGGACACAGGGACGGACGGAGGUCGCUGCCGGGGCCGGGGAUCGGAGCUUAAAGACACGGGGAUCGAGGAGCUGUUGUCUCGGGGGCCGGACGAUGCUAGAGGGCGAGGCCGGGGAGCAGGAGCUCCAGCUCCGCAGUGACAGGGGUGAUGGGGCAGCUGGCAAAAAACGAGAGGAUUAUCUCGAGUGCUCAGAAUACUUUAUGGCGGUGGCUUUUCUAUCAGCACAGAGGAGCAAAGACCCAAACUCCCAGGUUGGAGCUUGCAUUGUGAAUCCUGAAAACAAGAUUGUUGGCAUUGGGUAUAACGGAAUGCCGAACGGAUGCAGUGAUGAUUCUUUACCAUGGGCAAGAAAUGCUAAAAAUAAACUGGACACCAAAUAUAUGUAUGUUUGUCAUGCAGAAUUGAAUGCAAUUCUGAACAAGAACGCUAGCGAUGUUAAAGGAUGCACGAUGUAUGUGGCCUUGUUCCCCUGUAAUGAAUGUGCUAAACUCAUCAUCCAGUCAGGCAUCAGCAAGGUUGUUUAUAUGUCAGACAAGUACCGGGACAAGCCAGAAAUGAAGGCCUCCAGACUAAUGUUGGACAUGGCAAACGUGAAGUGCAGCCAAUUUACUCCGAAGAAUAAAACAAUCACCAUUGAUUUUGAUACAAUAAACAAAAGUGGAAGUUGCCUGGACUCGUGCAAAGUUGCUGCACCAGCAUCUCCUUCAAGCUGCUAAUCAUUCACCCUGGACAAACACGAGCUCCUGCUUUCAAUCAACUUUUUUCUGCCAGUUAUUCGUCAGACGAAAACUCCCGCUGUCACUCCCCAUUUUAAUGGUACAGUUGAACCGAUUACUUUAGAUUAUAUUUUAAAAACUGGUGUAUGUUUUGUGCUUUCUUCUCCGAUUAAAGGGAUUAAGGGGCAGAAGUUUAGGGGUAAUAUGAGGGGGAACUUCUUUACGCAGAGAGUGGUGGCGGUGUGGAAUGAGCUCCCAGUGGAAGUGGUGGAGGCAGGUUCAUUGGUAUCGACCAAGUUUAAAAAAAAAUCCAACGCUUGGUAAGCACGUAGAAUGUAGGUAGCGGGCAGGUCGGAGCUCGGGGACGUCUCUUAGAGGCUCGUAACGCUAACGGCAGGUACUAGGGGAAACGCGGUAAGCUCAUGAAGACUCGUGAAGAUUUUUCAACAUGUUGAAAAAUGUCCACGAGAGCCCCGAGUACCUACGAGCGGCCAUUACCGUAAAUCUCCGAGUUCGAAUCAGGGCAAACUCGGGGGCCCUCUUGAAUUACCUCGUACAGUGGGACAGCCCCUUUACAUAUAUCUUAUUUUUAAGAUAGUUCCUCAAAAGUUGGAACUUUUUCCAACAUAUUUCGUAUUUAUUGGCGAGACCACUGGGCGACCAUUUGCGCUGAACACCUUUUGCUCAGCCCGCCUUGGCCCACGUGACCUCCCGGUUGCCAAAUAUUUUUACUUCUUCCUUUCCCAUUCCCCCACUGUCUUUUCUGUCCAGGGCCUCCUCCACUGUCAGAGUGAGGGCCAGUGUAAAAUGGAGGACCAGCAACCUCCUUUUCUCCUUGGGCAGAUAACAACCAGGUGGUGUGAAUAUUGAUUUCACUAACAUUUCAAGUAACCCUUGCAUCACCUCUCUCCCCGGCCCUCCCCCAUGCGAGUCAUCGUACCAGUUUCACUGUCGUCCCGGUGAGUUUCAUUGAAUGCACGGUAGACAACAACGCUGGAGAAACUCAGCGGGUGAGGCAGCAUCAAUGGAGCGAAGGAAUAGAUGACCUUUCGGGUUGAGACCCUUCUUCUGACAAAGAAAUUGAAUGCAUAUCUCGUUAUCACCUUGCCCACCGCCAACAAUGGAGCAAUUGAUCAUCGUUACUUUGUUUGUAUAUCUUUCAUUCAUUUGUUUUUUCCAUAUACCUCUGUAUCACCGUCUAUAUCUCUCGUUUCACUUUACCGUGACUCAGUCUGAAGAAGGGUCUCGACCCGAAACGUCACCUAUCCAUGUUCUCCACAGAUGCUGCCUGACCUGCUGAGUUACUCCAGCACUCUGUGAAACGUCACCUAUCCAUGUUCUCCAGAGAUGCUGCCUGACCUGCUGAGUUACUCCAGCCUUUUGUGUCUAUCUUUGGUUUAAACCAGCAUCUGUAGUUCCUCCCUACUAGAUUUACUAGGGGUAGUCUUGACUCUUGACUAAGUGCAAGCUGCCCAAACGAAAUAUGAGACAAUAGGCAAUAGGUGCAGGAGUAGGCCAUUCAGCCCUUCGAGCCAGCACCGCCAUUCAAUGUAUUCAUGGCUGAUCAUCCCCAAUCAGUACCCCGUUCCUGCCUUCUCCCCAUAUCCCCUGACUCCGCUAUCUUCAAGAGCUCUAUCUAGCUCUCCCUUGAAAGUAUCCAGAGAAUCGGCCUCCACUGCCUUCUGAGGCAGAGAAUUCCACAGAUUCACAUCUCUCUGGGUGAAAAAGUUAUUUCUCAUCUCCGUUCUAAAUGGCUAUACCCCUUAUUCUUAAACUGUGGCCCCUAGUUCUGGACUCCCUCAACAUCGUGAACAUGUUUCCUGCCUCCAAUGUGUCCAAACCCUUAUCAAUCUUAUAUGUUUCAAUAAAAUGCCCUUUCAUCCUUCUAAAUUCCAGCUGCUCCAUUCUCUCAGCAUAUGACAGUCCCGUCAUCCCAGGAAUUAACCUGGUGAACCUUGCUGUUACUCCAGCAUUUUGUGUCUACCCCUUAAACUUUGUGCUUCUCACCUUAAAGCUUUGUCCUCCAGUGUUUGACAUUUACACACUGGAGAAAAAAGUUCCAUCUGUCUACCCUAUCUAUAUCUUUCAUAAUUUUAUAUGCUUCUAUCAGCUUUUCCCUUCAACCUCUGGCUUUCCAGUGAAAACAACCCAAGUUUGUCUGACCUCUCCCUGUAGGUAAUACCUUCUAAUCCAGACAAUAGACAACAGGUGCAGGAGUAGGCCAUUUGGCCCUUCGAGCCAGCACCGCCAUUCAAUGUGAUCAUGGCUGAUCAUCCCCAAUCAGUACCCCGUUCCUGCCUUCUCCCCAUAUCCCCUGACUCCGCUAUUUUUAAGAGAUCUAUCUAGCUCUCUCUUGAGAGCAUCCAGAGAACCGGCCUCCACCGCCCUCUGAGGCAGAGAAUUCCACAGACUCACCACUCUCUGUGAGAAAACGUGUUUCCUCGUCUCCGUUCUAAAUGGCUUACUCCUUAUUCUUAAACUGUGGCCCCUGGUUCUGGACUCCACCAACAUUGGAAACAUGUUUCCUGCCUCUAGCGUGUCCAAGCCCUUAAAAAUCUUAUAUGUUUCAAUGAGAUCCCCUCUCAUUCUAAACUCCAGAGUGUACAAGCCCAGCCGCUCCAUUCUCUCAGCAUAUGACAGUCCCGCCAUCCCGGGAAUUAACCUUGUAAACCUACGCUGCACUCCCUCAAUAGCAAGAAUGUCCUUCCUCAAACUAGGGGACCAAAACUCUUCUCAACCCUCUCCAAAGCCUCCACAUCCUUCCUGUAAUGGGGAGACCAGAACUGCACAAAAUGUGGCCCAACCAAAGUCCUAUAACUUGGAAUAUUUACACUGGGACUUCUUGAGCCUGAGAUCUUUUGUUUGAGGCUGGUGCUUUAAAGUAUAGAAGUGGGUUUUGGAAUCAUUAAUAGGUUCCAUGGCAAAAUUCCAGCAGACUAAACCAAAGGAGUUUCAGACCCAGAGACAGUGGUGGCGCAGCGGUAGAGUUGCUGCCUCACAGCGCCAAAGACCCGGGUUCAAUCCUGACUACGGGUGCUGUCUACGUUUGUACGUCUCCCCGUGACCUGCGUGGGUUUUCUCCGAGAUCUUCGGUUUCCCCCCACACCCCAAAGACGUGCAGGUUUGUAGGUUAAUUGGCUUGGUAAAUGUAACUAGUGUAGUGUUAAUGUGCGGGGAUCGCUGGUCGGCGCGGACCCGGUGGGACGAAGGGCCUGUUUCCGUGCUGUAUCUCUAAACUAAACUAAACCUUUCACUCAGGGAAAAAUCUGAAGGGACAAAAAUGUUUACACAAUGAUUGGGUGCCUGGAACUCACUGCCAGAGGAGGUGGUGGAGGCUGAUACGAUAGUGGAGUUUAAGAGGCUUUUAGUUAAGCAGGGAAUGUAGGGACACGGAUCACAUGCAGGCAGAUUAUAAUAAAAAAGGAACUGCAGAUACUAGUUUAUACCAAAAAUAGACACAAAAUGGUGGUCACUCAGCAAGUCAGGCAGCCAUUUUGGGUUGGGACCCUUGGUCAGAGAUUAGGUCAACUUGACAUCAUGUAUGGCACAGACAUUGUGGGCUGAAGUGACUGUCUCUGUGUUGUACCCUGCUAUAUAUAUAAUAAUCUUCUAUGUAUUAAAAAAUGCAAAUGCUAAAAAUGUUUUAAGACAGUUCAAGACAUAUGAAAUUUAAAUGGAACUUUGAAUGAAAAUAACUGUUUUUUCAGCGUCUAUAAUUUACUUCCUAGGUGUCAUCUCCAGCCUUCCUGGUGUUUUCUUUGUUACGGUUAUAUUAAAGAACAAGAACAGAAA